UUGUCAUUGGGAUUUUUUGUUUGUCGUUUUGUUUUGUUUCAAUAUAGUACGGAAUCACUGCUUUUUUCUCUGUUGAUUGAAAAGCUGGCUGUCCUGAAUGACUGAUUCAUUAUGAUAUAUAAAUACGAUAAAUAUAAUUGGAAAUCGAUGUCAGUCUCGUUUUUUGAAUGUUGCUUUCAUAUUUAUUUUUCUUUUAAAAAUUUUUGAAAUUUGUUUUUUUUUUGCGAACCGUUAUUUCAAAAAAUGGCUACAUCAUUUAUUGAUUUAGAAUCAUCAACUUCGACAACAACAACGACGACAACUAUUGGUCAUAGUAAUUGUCAUUGUCGAUUACCAUUGUCGAUGCUAACACCUUGGUCACAGGAUUUUAUUCAAUCAGAAAUCAAUGAUCAACAAUGUUUGAUCCAAAAUAUUGAUCAAUCAACAAAAUCGUCGUUGAAAGUUGUUACAUUCAAAAUGAAUGAACAUUUAAAUUCAAAAAUCAUUCUCUGGAAUGGUUGUUCAAGUUCAAUGUUACGAUUAAAAGUGGAUGCUAUUGUUCAUCCAACAAAUGAACGUUUUGAACGUAAUUCAAAUCCAUUAACAAAUGCAUUGUACAAACAUGCCGGUCCAGAACUUCGUAAAACUCUUUAUAAUAAACUAAAAUAUUGUCCGAUUGGAUCUAUUAAAAUAACCAAAGGAUAUUCAAUUGCUGCCAAUUAUAUAAUUCAUACGGCUAGUCCUCAUUAUAAAUGCAAAUAUCAUACAGCAUCUGAAACUGCUUUAUUCAAUUGUUAUCUACACGUACUACAAGCUGCUAAACAUUAUAAUAUUCGUAUAUUAGCUAUUGGUAAUCUAGCAUUAAUGGAACAUCAUUAUCCAGAAUUGGAUGGCAUUCAUCUUGGUAUACGUGUUAUACGAAGAUUUAUGGAAUCAUAUCCGGAUGCAUUCGAUACAAUAAUAUUGUGUAUGCAAAAUGAACAUGAAUAUGAUCUUUAUCGAUCGGUUUUGAAAUUAUAUUUUUCACGUAAUCAACAAGAAGAACAAAUGCAAUCAUCACUAUUACCAACUAAUAAUGGUGGCCCAAUGGGUGAACCAAUCAUACCGGAACGAGCAAUACGUAUUCAAGAAAAUCCAAUAAAAAGUUUACAAGAAAUUAAUGAUUCUGGAUUAGAUGAUAGUGGAGAUGAUCUUGGUGGCUUUUCAUAUUCAUCAAGCUAUUCAACUGAUGCUAAUGGUCAAGGUACUGGAAGUGAGAUCAAUAUCGAUGAAUGUCGUGAACGUUUAAUCGAAUUGAAAUAUCAACAGGAAUUUGAUCAUUCACCAUCAUCAUCUACAUCACCAAUGAAACGUUCAUCAUCAUAUGUUACAUCAUUAUUUCAUGCAGGUAAUCAUCAUUCACAAGAACAUUAUAGUUCAAUGGAAAGCAUGACUUGUCCAUCAUCGCCUUCAUUUGCACGCAAACAACAUUAUUAUCAUUCAUCAACAGCCACACAAAGUCUGCACAAUUUUGAUGAUUAUGAUCAACAGGAUCAACUAAUGCUUAUCGAACAUAAACGACAAUUGAAAUUUGAACGAUUAUUGCGUAAGAUACGGCGACAAGAAAAAGAAUUGUCGGAAACGAUUCGUGAUAAGCUACAAGAAUGUAUUUAUAUCUCUACAAUUACUACAGAUGGCGGUGAUAAAGAUUCUGUUCUUAUUAUAAUCGGUCGAGAAUUGGCUAAUCUUUAUCAUAACGAAUUGGACGGUCAUUUUGAUCAAAUUAUUGUUCAUUUUGUAAAGAUGUUGGAUAAAAUUUGUCAUCAAGGAAGAAAAUUUUCUGUUGUUUAUUUUCAUACAAUGGUCGAUAAUAUUGAAUCAAAUGUCAAUGUAAAUGAUCGACCACCAAAAACACAAUUAAUAUCACGUUUAUAUGAAUUUAUAUCAUAUCAACAUCAGAAUUUAUUGAAAUCAUUUUACGUAAUACAUCCAUCCGUAUUCAAUCGGCUUUAUGUUUGGUGGCUAAAAACAUUUCAUUGUAAAUUCCUAAAGAAUAAAGUACAAUUCAUACAACGAUUACAACAGCUUCAAGGUCAUAUUAAUCGUAAACAUUUUGAACAGCUACCAUCAUUUAUUAUGGAAUUUGAAAAUAAAUCCAAAUCAACAAUCGUAACUAAUACCGAUUGAAUUAUACGCUAUCGAUUUUUAGUAAUAU